UUCGAUGUUGUGACUCUUGACUACCUGGACUUUUGUGCACUUUAAUAUAAUAUAAAUUUAGGAGAAAUGCUACCUUGAUUUAGGGAAACCAUAAAAAAAUGUACAAAUCAGAAUGACAUAAGCUGCUUAUGAUCAGGAUAUACGUAAUGAUUGACUUUAAAUAUUAUUUAUGAGCUUUAAGGUUGAAACAUGGAGAUUGGUUAAAAAUUUUGAAUAAACUGUGCACGAAGUCAUGUGAGACUUCAUAACGAUGUCAUACGAGCUAACAUUACAUCCACAACAAAGGAUGGUGGAGUGCAUUAACUCAAUAGAGGAAAAGCCUAAGGAGGACUCGAAGGGUGUCGAACUGUGGAAGGAAAUACUGAAGUCACCGAAGUAUGUGGUGGCACCGAUGGUUGAUGCCAGUGAGCUGGCUUGGAGAUUGCUUAGCAGACGCCACGGAGCUGAGCUCUGUUACACACCAAUGCUGCACUCCUCGGUGUUCUGUAGAGACCCAAAGUACAGGAAGGAAGCCCUGGCAAGCACUAUGGAGGAUCGUCCUCUUAUUGUACAGUUUUGUGGGAACGAUCCAGACACAUUUGUGGAGGCUGCACUGUUAGCUCAAUCUCACUGCGAUGCCAUUGACAUAAACUUAGGCUGUCCGCAAGCCAUAGCAAAACGUGGCCAUUAUGGAGCGUUUUUACAAGACGAUUGGGACCUUCUCCGAAGAAUUGUGUCAUCCAUGAGUCGACAACUUCGUGUACCAGUUACCUGUAAAUUGAGGGUUUUCUCGGAGAUCUCGAAGACCGUUGAGUAUGCGCGUAUGUUGGAAGCAUCUGGAGCAAGUAUAUUAACGGUGCAUGGUCGAACCAGGGAGCAAAAAGGACCAUUGACCGGCUUAGCAUCCUGGACUCACAUUAAAGCAGUUCGGGAAUCUGUCAAGAUACCUGUUUUUGCCAAUGGCAACAUACAGUGUGUUCAAGAUGUGGAUCGAUGCAUCGCAGAGACCGGAGUCCAAGGAGUAAUGUCAGCGGAAGGGAAUCUGUACAAUCCUUACAUAUUCGAAGGUCGUUAUCCACCUAGUUGGGAGCCUGCGUUAGAAUAUUUGGAACUGCUGGAACGAUAUCCAGCACCAUCUUCUUACAUAAGAGGCCACCUGUUCAAAUUAUUCCAACACACACUUUGUUUAGCUGAGAAUGCGGAACAAAGAUCUCAACUGGCCAGGAGUUCGACGAUUGAGUCCUUCAGAAAAGUUGUCAAUGCUCUUAAGGAACGGUACCUACCAUAUUACGAAGGUCGUUUAAUAUGGCAAGAAGAAAAGAACGAUUAUAAUUUAGAGUUACCUCCGUGGCUGUGUCAGCCGUACGUUCGUGACUCGCCCGAGGAUCACCUUAGCAAGGUGGAAGCGAAAAAAAUCGAAUCGAAUACCCCCGUCAAAAGGAAAAUAACGGAUGAGGAUGGAAAUCCGAUUUCACGUAAACGAAUGAAGAAACUCAGGCGUAUUUCACGAAGGCCUAUCAGACCGGCAGUGUCCACGAAAAGAGGAUCGGACUUGUGCAAUAAUUGUCCCAAUCCUUUGGGCUUCAAGUGCGAGUACAAAUUAUGUCGGCAGUGCUGUAGGAACAAGUGUUUUACGGAAAAUUUAGAUUGCGCUGGUCACAGAAAUCUCACGAAAACUAGGAGACAAAUGGCGAUUGAAUUCGCCAGUAAACGAAAGGACGACGUGGGUGUAAAAUGACGUCAUUUGUGUGUACAUAAUUAUGUAAGUAAUUAAUUGAAAUGAAAGGCGUUUAAUCCACUCUCCGUUUUCCUUCAAAUGAUAUCACACCAUGAUCAAUAGGCUUCGAAACAUAUUUCAAGCCAAUGGUUCGCUU